AUGUCUGACGCUGGUGAUCACGAGUCGCACUCCAAGUCUUAUACCAUGUCCGAAAUCAGAGAGCGCAUACCAGGUCCACACCACCACACUUCCCCGCCUUCUCCCUCCAUCAAUGCCACCCAUCAACCUAUACCUGACAAUGGGCAAGAUGAUCUCAACUACUUCAGUGGUCCCCGGGAUCUCCAAAAACACUCCAAAUGGCCCCUUAUGCUACAGUUACACGGCUCCAUCAUGCCGUCGCUGAUCCUCCCUCUUUUGCUCGUCGCCUGCUGGGCAACCGCUAUCACCGUCAUCUCCAAAAAAGUCCAUGAUUUGAGUGUCAAUUCUGUUCUUCUUACCAUUCUUGGUUUUGUAGUCGGUCUCAGCCUUUCGUUCCGUUCGUCGACUGCCUACGAACGAUACGGUGAGGGCCGUCGAUACUGGGGAACCUUGGCCACUGCGUCUCAGACCCUGGGCCGUGUUAUCUGGAUCCAUGCUGACGAUAACGGUGCUGGCAAUCAGGAUCCCCGUGAGAUUCUUGUCAAGAAACUUGGCAUGUUGAAGCUUAUCGCUGGCUAUGCUGUUGCCCUCAAACACACCCUCCGGUUCGAACAUUGUGCCAGUCAACCAGACAUGCAACCAUACAUCGCACACCUGGACACGUUCGCUGGGAGGACGACUGCGCCAACGAAAAAAGCCACAACCUUUGGAAAGGUUGCUGGCCACUAUCUUGGUCUCUCGUUUGCUCAGAGUGAUCCUCGGAAGCAUCUCAAGAGAGCUGAAGAGCACCAAGGAAAUCUUCCCCUUGAGAUCUUGAACCAUCUUGCGAUAGGUCUUGACUCUAUCAUCGCCAACAAACAGCUGCCAGUCUCUAUUCACCAGACUAUCGUUUACAACCACCUCACCACCCUUAACGACGUCGCUGUCGGUUGUGAUCGAGUCCUGAACACUCCCUUGCCUGUCGCAUACACCAUUGCUAUCAGCCAAAUUACCUUCGUGUAUGUCAUGCUGUUGCCAUUCCAGUUGACUGGUCCACUUGGUUGGAUCGCUAUCCCGGCUACUAUCACGGCAGCUUAUAUCAUCUUCGGUUUACUGUUCAUCGGACAGGAGAUAGAGAAUCCCUUUGGCCAUGAUGUUAACGAUCUGCCGCUUGAUGUCUUUUGUGAACAGAUUGCGAACGAUCUAGACAUCACUGCCUCUUUUGAUCGACGGGCGUCUGAUCACUUCCUGCUUGGUGGCACGCCGUUACACCCUGUCAGUUCUGCUGUGGGUCGCACCUGGAUGGAGUACAGUGAGGAAAAGCUCAGAGAGUCUAUCAGAAACAAACCUCAUGUUCUUUUCAAUUGGCGACGUCAGGGCGGAGUUAGGCCAUCUCCUACAGGCAGGCAAACUAAGGAGAGAGAUAGAGACAUGGUUUGA